AGGGAGGCCGAUUGGUGGAGUCUAGUAGUCAUGACUAGAGCUAAUGAAAGACUGAUUUAGCAGAGUGGCUGUGGUAAUGGAAAGGAGGAAACUGUUGGGAGAAACACCACAGAAGCAGAGUAGAUUAUAUUCUCUGGGUGAGAGAGAGGGAGAAAUUGAAGCUAAUUCUUGAGGUUUCAAGUCUGGGUGAAUGAGAGGGUGAUGAUACCAUUGACCAAGCUGCCGCUGCUAGGAGUGGGGCUUAACACGACGAUUCUGACACCCAAUGGGAAUGAAGACACCACAGCUGGUGGGAAAUCUGGGACUGGAGAGGGUUGAUUUCUUCCUGACCUCUAUGCCCACUGACUCCUUCAGUGUUUCCACUCUGCCCCUCCCAGAAGUUCAGUGUUUUGUGUUCAAUGUCGAGUACAUGAAUUGCACUUGGAACAGCAGCUCUGAGCCCCAGCCUACCAACCUUACUCUGCACUAUUGGUACAAGAACUCGGAUGAUGAUAAAAUCCAGAAGUGCAGCCACUAUCUAUUUGCUGAAGAAAUCACUUCUGGCUGUCAGCUGCAAAAAAAGGAGAUCCACCUCUACCAAACAUUUGUUGUUCAGCUCCAGGACCCACGGGAACCCAGGAGACAGGCCAUACAGAUGCUAAAACUGCAGAAUCUGGUGAUCCCCUGGGCUCCAGAGAACCUAACACUUCGCAAACUGAGUGAAUCCCAGCUAGAACUGAACUGGAACAACAGAUUCUUGAACCACUGUUUGGAGCACUUGGUGCAGUACCGGACUGACUGGGACCACAGCUGGACUGAACAAUCAGUAGGUCACAGUCAUAGCUUCUCCCUGCCUAGUGUGGAUGGGCAGAAACGCUACACGUUUCGUGUUCGGAGCCGCUUUAACCCACUCUGUGGAAGUACUCAGCAUUGGAGUGAAUGGAGCCACCUGAUCCACUGGGGUAGCAACACUUCAAAGGAGAAUCCUUUCCUGUUUGCAUUGGAAGCUGUGGUUAUCUCUGUUGGCUCCAUGGGAUUGAUUAUCAGCCUUCUCUGUGUGUAUUUCUGGCUGGAACGGACAAUGCCCCGAAUUCCCACCCUGAAGAACCUAGAAGAUCUUGUUACUGAAUACCACGGGAACUUUUCGGUGAGAACGCUGUCAUAAGCAUGCUGCAGUCUAUCAACUGCCAACUGCCUGCCAGCAAGACAGACAAAGUGUGGGGGUGGGG